AUGAACACUACAGCACCGGAUAUGUCAGGGAUGGACGUCCUGGGUAUGAACCUCUCAAACCCAGGCUCUCACUUGACUGCGUCUCAUCACGCACACCCUUAUGCCUCUUCGAUCUCCUCCUCCGCUUCCUCCUCUUCUUCCUCCGUCUUCUCUCUCGAUUGCGUCUCGAGCUCGAUCUCUUCGACAUCGACCAACCCGGUUGACGUGAUUUGGGAGGAAGGUCAAGGAAGAAAUGCCGGAGCUGUGCCCCGGACUGUGUCCAAGGCCGCUCCCAAGGCGGACGGUGUAGUGCCAUCCGAGCUGCGCACGCAUCCUCGGCGCACUAACAGUUAUGCUUCUAGCGCCCCAAGCGCGCGCCCUCCGCCCUGUCUGCUGCGGCAGUCGGAACGGAAGGUGAACUUCGUCGAUAACCUCGUCGACACCGCAUCACAGAUCGUCGAGACUAUUUGGCCUCUCUCUGCCGCGGCAUCCCGGAGUGAUGCUGCAACUGGAUCAAAAGGGGUUCUUCCCCUCCGCACUUUUAUCCAGGAAACACUUCGCCGGUCGCGGACUAGCUAUAGUACCUUGCAGGUGGCCUUGUAUUAUUUGAUUAAAAUCAAGCCCCACGUUCCUACCCAUGAUUUCACUAAGGAGCAGCCUCGGGAUCAGUCGCUUUUGCGGGCGAUGCAAUGUGGACGUCGGAUGUUCCUGGCUGCACUGAUCCUCGCAUCCAAGUAUUUGCAGGACCGCAACUACUCUGCUCGGGCAUGGAGCAAAAUCUCCGGCCUUAACACCCUGGAGAUCAAUCAGAAUGAGCUCAUGUUCUUGAAGGCUGUUGGGUGGCGCUUGCACAUUGAUGAAGCGACCUUCCAACGCUGGACCGACCUGGUCUUGAAGCUGACCCCCGGUGCCGGUGGACCAACUGCCGAAGGUCAGUGCUGGCAGACUGUGCUUCCUCGACUCACGCCUGAAUUGGAAUUGGCAGAGUCGGAGCCUAGAACCCCGGUCUCGGCUAUGGGUGGAAUGGAUCUCGGUCUGUCGGAGUCCCCCUCACCCCGGAGUAUGCCAAGCAACGAAUCGAUUCGCUCCCGUGAGCAAACUCCCGCUGGUGCUCGGAGUCUCCCACGGGCUCUCGAGCCGACUCCUCGCAUGGAUUUCUCCAACCUGGCUAUGCCUGGUAUGCCGCGUCCUACGAUGCUUCCCACGCCCCAGAUGACCCCCCAGUCCCAGAUGGCGUCUACUCCUGCUGCGAGUAUGGCUGCCUACUGCCGUCGCCCAUCCAUCUGUACGGCUAUGUCCCAGGCGCAAAAUGCUGGCAUGGCGCGAUCGACUCUCGAUCAGCGCCCGCCCAUGUCAUUCUGCCCCCGGACUCAGUCGUUCGAUGGUUACCCGGCAGCGGUCCGUCGGUCCUCUUUGGCUCGGUCGACCUCCUCGGCGUCUUCACCCGACUCGAUGGUGUCAGACGUUUCUACUUUGUCGUCUCGCUCUUCGCGAUCGUCAUCAGUUUCGUCCAAUGCCUCGGGAAGCUGCGGUUCAGCCCCUGCUCGCUUGGCCGUCAAGGCCACCUUGCGGUGCACCAGCAACUCCCUAAAGGAGUCCCGUAAGACUCUGGCCAUUGCCUCGCCAAUCGACGAGAGCUCUCUGGUCGGUGUCUACAGUUCCCCCGAGUACCCAAGCUCCAUGACAUCUUCCGUCCCAGACCUUUCCAACUUCACCCUGGAUUCCAGCCUGAGCGAAGCUGCCCAGAGUCUCUGUGAACUUUCCGGAGCAACCCCUGAGCGUCGCCAGUGCCGCAAACGUGGACGCACAGGAUCCGACGAUCUCUUGCUCCAAAACCACGUGCGCCAACUGAUCAACCUCGGGGCUCCUGGCGAGUCGGUGGUGCCCGACGGGCAAUUCCCCCACUCGUUUAUGACUCACACGAAUCCCCUUGCCCCUGUGCGGAUUGGUCCCGUUUCCGGACCAGCCGGUAUGAAGCGCGCCUGCUGUGGCAGUGAAGCCCGCAAGGUUGCUCUCAACCCAGGUCUCCGUGUUGCCGAGUAUCUGAAUUGA